UGCCACAGGAGCCAUAGUGAACGCCUUGCAUGCGGCUGUGAGAGUGAUCUGAACCGCAGGCUGAGACUAACGCAACGGUGACAGGCCAGCUGCUUUACCCGCUGUAUUCUCACUCUGUACCGGCUGUUUGUGUGUGAAAGACCGGAGUCAUGGCUUCCCGCUCUCUGUGGUCCCUCGCGCUGCUCCUCGCGCUGCUGCUCCCUCUGCAAGUAGUCCUUUCUCAGGAGUUCAACCUAUCUGAUGCUUUGGGUGAUGAUGACACAAGUAAACCAUCACCAACCCCCGCCCCGAAGCCAGCGGCACCAGCUGCACCAGCUGCACCAGCUGGAGGAGCAGAGGCAGAAGCAGGUUUUGAUUCAAUUGGUGACAUCACCACCAUUACCACCAAAGCCCCCUUCAAGGCAGUAACCAAGGCCCCGUUCAAGCCCAAACCCAAGCCAGCUGCGGCUGCCUUUGACCUGUCCGAUGCCUUGGACCCCAACAAUGACAUUGGUGGCAAGGAUAAGAACAAGGGGCAGGGAGGUGGAAUUUCUGACAAUGAUCUGGCAGAUGUUGGUAAAGAUGAUACCUACAAACCUGACGGAGGCAAAGGUGGACGUGGAGACGAUCAGAUCAACUCCCGUGAAGACAACAAUGAGACCACAGCAGAAGUGGGCACCAUCGCAGGGAUUGUUAGCGCGGUUGCUAUGGCACUGGUGGGAGCAAUCACCAGCUACAUCUCCUACCAGAAGAAGAAGCUGUGCUUCGGCAUACAACAGAGCCUGAAUACUGACAUGGUGAAGGCUGAGAACCCUGAGGCUGUGGUGGCUACAGAACCACAAGUCCAACAGACUCUCCUGGAGCCUGCCAGUGCUGAACCUCCCACUGAAGAGAACGCUGUGUAACACACUUACAACCUAGAACACACACACAAAGGUCAACCACCUACAUGCGCUAUUUGUCCAAACAUCCCCCACCUAACACCCCUCCCUGCACACACACAAACAAACACACACAUACACACACAGCCAUGCUACAGAAUAGACUGUUGUGUAGCAUGUCCUUGUUGCCCUGCAGCUCUGUGCUAUAAACGUUGGGAUUUGUAGACCUUUUUCGCUGAAUGUGAACACAGAUUGUUUUAUUUCUCUGCUAUAAAACAUGGCCGAAAGUGUAACAAAUCUUGCCAAAUGUAUCUGUAAAUAGUAAUUUAUUGUGCUGUUUGAACACCACUAACAAUGUUAGUUUGCAGUUAUCCGGCCUUCAGCAUGUACUUAAAACAAAUUGAAAGAGCGGUUCAUCUUUUUACACUAUGGGGAAAGAAGCUCCUCUGGGGUGUGUGUCGAGCCUCUUUGAGUUUGCAGGAAGUCAGUAACUGCGUAGGGAACUGGAUUGGAUUAUUAUUGAUUGAUUGGGACAAUGAUUUGUCAGUGAUCCGCUGCUAGUUUCCGGAGUGAACGAGGGAGCGCUUUGAGAUACACUGUUUCUGAGAGUGAAUGAAGACCAUUUGACCAAUAUUCCCCAAAAUUCAAAGCCUCGUAGCAACUGAUUAUCUAAUCACUUGUGAAAUGUGAUAAGGUAGUCAACAGUAGCAAGUGUUACCUCAUAGAAAAAUAACAUGGUACUCUAGGGGCAAAUCUCAUAUUCAGAACUCAAGUUUUAUCAUGUAAUAACAAUGUUAAUCUCUUAAUCCUACAACAUGUGAAUUUUUUUAUUUAAUUUAUUACAUUAUCAGUUUGCUAUAUUAUCAUUAUGAGGUGAUCCUCUGUGAUAAUAAUGUUAUAUUUAAUAUCAUGAUUAAUUGAAGUUUCCCAAGAGCUCCACUAUAAGUGAAUGAAGUCCAUUAGUGGGACGUACCUCAUAGAACUGACUGCAGGUAGCUACUGUUUACAUCAUGUGACAGUGACAUCAUUAGUUGCUACAUGUAGCCUACUUUCUCCUCAUGUUGUCUAUCCUGAUGUACAAAGUUGCCUUAUUCAGAUUUGGAUCUUUUUGCAGUGGGAAAAAAAAAGGCGUCCUAACAUUUCCGUCUACUUACAACCUGUGACUUUUUAUAGUGUAAAUAUAUUCCGUUUUUGUUCAAGUAGCCUUUAAUGACAAUGCCUAAAGAAGGGAGCCUGGCUUAGUUUUCCAAAUUGGUGAUGGUGAAAUGAUUGUGAUGAGCUAAAAAAAAUCGAGCGGUGGGAUUAGAUUUGUUAUCAAAAGUGGGAUUAAAGUUCAGGAAAUUCACCAGAUUUGUAGCAUGUAGCAUAAAAAACGAUGCUAGCUUAAUCAGUUCCCCUGCAGUUAGAGCUUCAAAAUGCACAGCGUGUUCUUUUCUUCAGGGGGAAGAUAUUUGAAAAGGAAAAUAAAUAACCUUGGCACUUUGUUCAGGAUGUGGCGAGGCUUGUGGAAAGGCACAAAAUGUGAUUUUUGUUGAAGAUUAACUGCUAUAUUCAGAAGAUAAUAAUGUUAGUACUAUGUUUUAUUGUGUUAGCAAUGCGGUGCCAGUGUGUGCAGAAGAACUCAGAUUUGAUCUUUUUCCCAUUGUGGCCAUUUUAAAAUUACAUUAAUGAUAAAUCUACAGGGACGGUGAAUGUAUAAAAGUAGCAUCACAUUAUCACAAAACUCUUUUGAUACUGUAGACCAAAAAACUAUUGCCCAAUCAUAAAUAGAUUUCGACAAAUAUCAACAAUAACUAGAUACCCUUAUCAUAUACCAAUUCAAAGGUAAUAAUCUGCACCAAAAGGUUAUGAGAUAUUAUUCUAUAUAUAAAGAAAUCCAUGAUUAUAUUAUUGAAUUAAUAUAAAAUUAGUUAAAAGUCUUAAGAAUUGUCUAAACUUUUCCCACUUUAUUGCGAUUACAAUUAUUGCCUUAGUAUUCUUUAAACAGAAGUGUAAAGACAUACCCGUUCUGAGCGCCCAAUGGAAGGCCAAUAGGAAUGCUGCUGUUAUAGCUUGAGUCCCAAUAGCCAAUGACUGGGUUCGGUUGGCAUGAUUGACAGCCACUGUCUCUCUAAAUUCACUGUCUGAAUAUGGGCGUGCACUGUUAGAUAAUUGGGCAAACCCUUUUUUUAAGCAAACACAAGCCUUUGGAAGACUUCAAAAUGGCCACAAUGGAACAAGAUUUACAAGAGUGGGAAAGUGAGGUAUUUGUGAAAGAUGUCCGAUGUGAGUCAGAGAAGAGAUUGAAGAAGUUGGCACAAAGACAAUACUGGAGGAUAUGCAUACAAAAAUAGAAGUCUGCUUUAGCCGUGUAGAUGGAGUCAGCAGCAGUAGUUAGCUUUAGAUUAUUGAAUAGCGUCAUAACGAGUGUUUUUGGAAAGUUGUGAUGGUUGUACAUAUUACUGUGAGCAGUUCUGUGUUUGUACUAUUAGUCUGUAAGAGCAUAUUUAUGCUCCAUAUUUUACUCUUUAGUGUAUGUGUGUGUUUACACUCUUUGCCUGCUCUUUUUACACUUUGUACCCAACUUUCCUAAUAACUUAGCCUAACAUUUUUGUAGAUAGUUAACGCUUCCUUGUUCUGUACUGCCAAUGCUUUGUUGUUCGCCUGAAGAGGUCUCUUAAGUUCCUGAGCGAGAACGAGGGCUGCAUCUGAAACCAUUCACUGUUUUCUAAACUGUCUGAUAUUUAGUCUGUCGGUGGUUUUAUAGCACUGCUCAGGAUCUCUGGUGAGAAUGAUUGAACCCUAUUUAGUGGGCUUUAAAUAUCUCCAUAUUUAAACAUAAUGAACUAGAACGCACUAGGAGAUCCAAGAACUCCGCCAAGACCCUUUCAUAAAAAAUAAUUGUGUAUCCACCCCAUGAUUUCGGAUCUGCUCCAAAUUGUAAUGGGUUCUUCCUUGGCCCAUGCUAUGCCUUCCCACCAAGAUUCAUGAUUGGAUUGGUAGUUUUCUUGUAAUUCUGGUGUCGAACAAACGGAACCGAAAUAAGUACCCCAUUGGCGGAGGUGAAAAUGCUGCGUUCAUGUCACAGGUAAAUUAAAGAUUUAUAACUUCCUUUACCUUCUUAUGUGCAAAUCUCCACACAUUCAGCUAGUGCUUGGAACCAUGCACGCCUCUUGAAAUGCGCAAUGGUUCCUUGGUGGCGAUUGAGUAGUUGGUCUUUUGUACCCUAGAACCAAUUAAUUCACCUUUAAAAACAAACCAGAUAGCCAAUGUUAAGUUGUUAACGCAGAAAAGUAGAAACAAGCGUGACAUGAACGUGGCGUUGGAUUGGUAAUGACCUGAGUAGUGUCUGAUGGAUCUGUAUCUACAGAGGUGAAUGCGUGAAGGAUGUUUGCUGUGGCAGUAUGUGUUGUAUGAGCUGUAAAAAGCGUUGGUGGUGUGUUCGAUAUUUGACAGGAUGCAGCGCAGUCCUACAUGCCACACCCUGGUCUUCUCAAUGUUGCCUUGGGAAAUAAGACACCUCUACCCACAGUUCCUUUGUGUUGCUCCUACUGUAGAAGUCCUUAAACACUGUUAAAAUGCAACCUUACACGGUUUGGAGUUGCUUUUGGAACGAAGUGUUUAUGGACUAAGAGUGUUGGGAGCAGUGAUACUAAACUUGCUUUGCCUGGGGGCCACUUUGGCAAAAUGACAGGAGGUCAGGGGCCAGUUUCUAACUGAACCUUGCUCAGGUCGAAUUGGUAGCAAGAUGGUCUAGGUAAGGCAUUGAUCUUGGAUGGUUGAGGUUAGGACAGGUGGUAGGGAAAAGGUGGUAGAGUUUUUUAAGACUUGCGCUAGAAUUGCUAUUUAGACUCAACAGUUUUCUGAGGUGUUUCUAGAUGAUUGAAGAUAUUCAGUGCUUGGACUUGACAUCAAUUUGGAGGUUUGAGGCACUUUUUUUGGUAAACAAGCUCCAUUAGUGUAUUUUAAUUCUUUUUUUGAUAUGCCCUUGUGAAUGGUUGGCGAGCCACCCUAUCGGCUGUAAGUUGAGUAUCACUGGGUUGGAGUAACAAACCUAAACUCAUGUGUUCACCUUGUAAGAGUCAUGCCCUGCCAGCUGUAAUUCAAAUGGUGCUCCUCUCUUUGCCUUAUACCCUACAGUCUCACAGGGACGCGCCACAGUAUUCAUCCAACACCUCCGUAGCUGCACCCUGAGCUAGAGGAACACCCAGAGCCUUCAGCUCCUUUGGGUGGUUACCUGGAGUGACCGGUAGCAGCACCCAGAGGACUGAGAGGUCUGAGUGUUUGGUCCAGCUCUGGCAGCUGAACCUCACACAAAGCAAACGCAAAAUAACAAACCUUUCUGUUUACUGAAUGUAUUGAAUGUCUUUUGUGAUAUAGCAAAAACCUUUGGCCUGUAGCAAAAAUACAAAUUCACCAAAGAUUCAGCAUUGAUUGAGAUUGAAAUUGCCUUUACGUAUUGGGGUUGAAUGAAAAAAGGUUUUUGGAAUAAGCCUGAAAGAAAAUAAUUGAAUCUGGGCUUGGAUCUUAUGUAACGCUCAUUUGAAUUGGUUUGACGGUAAGAUAAAACGUGAUUGAUUAGAUUGAAGGGUAUCGUAUAAUGGCCUGUACCAUGCUCACUUUGAAACACGAUUUGUGAAUGACUCAGUUUUUAUUGCCACUGUGGAUGUUGAUACUGCUUUAAGAUUCAGCUAAAACAAUUAUCCUCGAACACGUGCCAUACUGCUGUUUGGAACCGGUUACCAGGAGUGCUCUCUGAAAAGGAUUAGGGAUCAUAUAGGUCUGUAUAACAAAGCGUGCUAAAAUAAUCAAGGCUGUCAUAACAAAGUGAUUUAGGCUCAGGGUUUCAGCUCUUUAACCUGCAAAACCAAAUAUUUAGACGUUAAGAAGCUGCGAUACCAGCUAAGGCUAGCUCUAGCUUAGUUAGAAAGGUGAAUUGAUUCACAACUGAGCAAAACAAUCAAAAAGUACUUACCGGUAAAAAUGAACUGCUGAGAGUGUCUCUUGACGUGUUAGCCACUUGUCAAUCACAAGGCAGCCAGUGCCAAAGCACACCUUGCUAUAUUGGCUAUUUUACCUAAAAUUGGACAACAAUAUACAGAUCUAACAUCAUGCUGUAUUGAAGAAGAUUUGGAACAAUUAAUUAAGAGAAUAAACUUAUCAGAAAACUUUUUACUAAGGUAAUAAAUCUUAUAUAAAGUAGGGUCAUUUUCUCUCAGACUACUAUACAAUCAGGACCUCUCUUUGCAAACACUGUAGUUGCCCCCUGCUGGUUACCCCUAGGUAAAGAACCUAAUUGUAUUAUCCCAUAAUGCAACUCUAAAUCGUUACCAUAUCAAAUCAAUAGGCGUAAUCUAUAAAUGUGGUUAUCGUAGCAACACAAUUUGAAUUAUGCAAAACUGCCUCCUUAAGUGAUUGUACUAAUUAAGCCUGGAUUACAGUUAGCUCGCUUUGUGGAGUGUUUAGAUAGGAUCUGCAUUGUAUCAGGACAGACGUGCCUGAGUCCUCUUCCUGCAGUACACUCUAGUGCCUGUCACCGGGCCAUGCAAAGCCCGCCCAAAUACAACCACCUCACGUCCCAGUUUGACACACAAAGAAAAUCCCAGCACAGCUUUCCAUUAUUUGAUAUCUGAGGGCUGGCUUUGCACGGCCCCCUGUCACAUACAACACACACACACACCUUCAGCAUACUGCUCUCAUACACACUUAAUGCAUGCUUUUCUCUACAUACUGUAACCACAGUAAGGUGGAGCGUACGAGUGUUGAACUCUGUGUCUUCCUGACAACUGAAUGUUGGACAGUCUUCAUUGCUUGAAGUGUACUAGUGAACUCUGCUUUUUCUCUUAUUCCACUACGAUAAGUCUCUGGCAAUAUGUUACGGAAACUUUUUACUAAUAUGAACUAAUAAAAUAAAAUGUUGAAAAAGACAA